AUGGCAGAUCCCGCAGCGCCACAGGAUCUGCCGCUUGACGAUCGCUCCGAUGCGCUCAGAAUACCUAUAAUCACUCUGAUUGUGUUUAGUUCAAUCUUUGUAGUUUUGCGCCUGGCCAUCAGCUUCAAGAACAGACACUUCUUCCUAGUAACUGAUCACCUACUAUGGACCGGCUAUAUUUUUGCCAUAGUAGGCGCGAUAUACACCUACAAGACAGCUGCAGUAGGCGGGGGUAAACAUGUCUGGGAUCCAAUCAUGACGCCGGCCAAUCUCGAAAGAUACCUUCACUAUAUCUGGGUUGGCCAGCUGCUCAAUUUAUAUGGGAUGGCCUUGAUCAAGCUCAGUGUAUGCGCCUACAUCUUUAUGCUCGACUUUUCCAAAGCCUUCCGCACAGUGAUUUGGCUCUCUGUCGUUGUCCAUCUGGGUCUCAACUUCGUUUUUCCUAGUGUCAUUUUGUUUGGCGAAUGCGAUCCAAUUUCAAAGCAUUGGGAUGUAGCCGGUACUCAGCCUGGGUCGUGCUGGUCAGCGACACCACGAGUUGUCUCAGGCUAUUCUGGAGCUGCAUGCAAUAUUUUGACGGACUUGCUAUACACAAUGGCUCCGCUCAUCUAUAUUUCACGAGUCCAACUGCCAAAACGUACAAUAUGGGGCGUCCGAGCCGUCUUCUUGCUUGGACUUGUCACCACCACCAUAUCGGCCUUGAAGCUGUACGAAAUGAAGUCACUGAACGAAUCGCCCGAUCCGACAUUCACCUCUGUCAAUCUAAGUAUCUACGCCGUCGCCGAGGUCUUCGUUGGCACUAUCACAGCGUCUCUUCCGCCCCUGCGGAAAACAUUCGAGAACCUGCUGCAUAGAAUUCUUCCUACCAGUGUCAUGGGCACGAAGAACACGGGAAACAGCUUCGUGAUGCAAGGAGCCGGAAGCCAUCAAAGUGGAAAACUUUCGGGGACAAAAGCAGAUUGUGACAACGAGAGUGAGAUGGGUAUCCUUCCAAACGACCAAGUGAGCACUGGUAAAGGGUCAAAUCAUGCCAUCAUCAAGACCACGCUCCUACCUGAAAUAAAGCCGGUCCUGAUGCUGACACUGACACUCCAACGGGCAAGGCCCCACAGGCUAAGUAACUACCGGUGGGUAACCGAGGUUCGUCUCGCAAAGGCAGUCAAUCCAGCAUCACGUCCAUGUAACCGCAAUCACCAUUACCGAAUCCCCCUCGCGCAAGAUAUCAUGACCACAUCCUCCAAGCCCUUCAUCCAUGAUGUCCAAUUCCGCGGCAUCGUCGAAGGCCUCACUUAUGUCAAUUCGCAAUCCGAGCCACUUUGUCACUUCUUCGGCGGCGUACCCUACGCCCUACCUCCUGUAGGACCCUUUCGCUUUCAAAAGCCUAGGUCGCUACCACCAUGCUACCGCUACGGUACGAAAGCGAAUCCCGGCCGUUUCACAGGUGGCUGUGGAAUCUGUCCGCAGCCCGGUGACCGCGAUUCUGACGGAAAGCUUAAGGUGGCCAUGUGGGAUGAGGAUUGCUUGCAAAGUAGCAUCUGGAUUCCAUGUGGAGACCCACCGGCUGCGGGCUGGCCGGUUCUGUUCUGGAUUCAUGGCGGCUUCCUGCAGUGGGGUAGCCCGAAUCGCAUGGACUGCCGGGCGCUAUUGAGCGAAUCACCGGUCAAGUGCAUCAUUGUGGCGCCUGCCUACCGCCUGAACGUGUUUGGUUUUCUUGCCUUCAAGGACAUGUUCGAAUCGUGUCCGGAUGCUGAGGUCAAUCUCGGCUUCUGGGAUCAGCGCAUGGCGCUGCAAUGGACGUAUGAGAACAUCAGCUACUUUGGUGGCGAUGCCUCAAAUAUCACUAUUGGUGGAUAUUCUGCCGGCUCACAUUCGGUAUUCUACCAGCUGGCGUACGAUCUCGGUGUGGCGGAUAAGAAGGCUAUUGUCAAGCGAGCACUCAUGCUAUCGAAUGGCCCUGGUAUGCAGCCUAAAAGUCUAGACGAAGCACAGGUCCAGUCUGGCCAGCUACUGGAGGCUUUGAAUGUACCGGUAGACCUGCCAGUUCAAGAGAAGCUGGCUCGUCUUCGUUCCUUGCCAACGGACACUCUAGUAGAAGCAACAUACAAAAUCCAGUUACAUCAGUUCCGCGCCGUCACGGAUGGUAGCUUCGUCCGCCACGGCCUCCUCAACGAGCUCUCAAACGGCAUUUUUGCCCAACGCAUGAAGAAACGAGGCGUCAAGCUCAUCAUCGGCGAAUGCAGUGAUGAACACCAUGUCUACGGCACCUGGCGGCCGCCACAAUCUGGGUUUGACAACAUGUUGGCCCGUCUGGAAGCCGACUAUUCGCGUGACGCCAGCAGAGUCCUCAUGUCGGAAUACUUCCCUGGUGGAAAGUUGCCGUCAAAGUAUAAGAGCUGGCAGGCUGCCUUUGGACACAUCUACGCAGAUGUUCAAGUCCAUGCUUUGGAGCGGGGCUUGGUGACUGCGCUUGUCAAGCAUGGAGCUGGAGACCUUAUCCACAGGUAUCGUAUCGAGUGGCGGGCAAAAUGUGUCGAUAAAGACAUGCCCCCCAGCUUCGGUGCAAGUCAUGCUUCCGACAUGGCAAUUUGGUUUUUUGGCAACGGACGUGAGCUGGAACAGGAUGAGAAAGAAGUUGUGGUGAAAUCAUUCCUUGGGCCGUUGAGUAGCUUUUUGCAAAAUGGGAAUAUGGACUGGGGGACGGAGCAUGCGCUGCAGUUACGUACACUGAAGCGUGACGGAAGUGUAAUGAUUGAGGAGGAUACAAGAUUAGAGGAGGGCAUGAGGUUGUGGAACGCACUUAAGAGAGUUGGAGCUACAGGAAAUCCCGUUGAGACUGCAAAGCUCUAG